AUGGCGGGCAAGAAGGUGUAUCCCGAGCACCGAGACUGCGUCACCAUCUUCUUCUCCGACAUCGUCAGCUUCACGGACAUCAGCUCGACUCUCCCUCCUGAGAAGAUCUCGGACAUGCUAGACCGUCUCUACUCCCGAUUCGAUAACAUCACACACGACCACGCGAUCUUCAAAGUUGAGACCAUCGGCGACGCCUACAUGGCAGUGACCAACCUCGUCGAGGAUCAGAAGGAAGAUCACGCCCUCCGCAUCGCUCAGUUCGCAAAGCUCGCAGUUCAGUGUGCGUCCGAGACCCUCAUCGACCGCGACGAUCCUUCCAAGGGCUACGUGCAGAUCCGUGUCGGGUUCCACUCCGGUCCUGUCGUGGCCAACGUGGUAGGCAGCAGAAACUUGCGCUACUGCUUGUUCGGAGACACAGUGAACACAGCUUCUAGGAUGGAGUCAAACUCCGAGGCUGGCCGCAUCCACUGCUCCAAGUUUUCUGCUGAUCUCCUCAAGAGUCAAGGAGGGGAGAGCGAGUUUCGCAUCACCAGCCGAGGCGUGCGGCAGAUCAAAGGCAAGGGAGACAUGGAAACCUUCUGGGUUGAAUGAACAACAAGAAAAAACAGAAGGUGGAAGGGUAGGGAGUGCAGACACAGGAUUGCUGGGGAUGUAUUGUAAUUUGUUUAUUUGCUUUAUUUCUUUGUGCUGUUUAAAU